AAGUGAACCCGAACGGCGUCGGAAUAAUUCGGCACGUAAACACGAGAUAGAUAUCGAGAAACUUACGAGCUGAAAAAACAAAAUGACGACCAUAAAUUCAGGAGUCAAAAUUGGACACUAUGUCCUCGGUGAAACAAUCGGGAUGGGGACAUUUGGCAAAGUAAAAAUGGGUGAACAUCUAUUGACCCAGCACAAGGUGGCCAUCAAGAUUCUUAACAGACAGAAGAUCAAGAACUUGGACGUGGUCAGUAAGAUCAAACGAGAAAUUCAAAAUAUGAAACUCUUUCGCCAUCCUCAUAUUGUCAAAUUGUAUCAGGUUAUCAGUACACCCACAGAUAUCUUCAUGGUGAUGGAAUAUGUGGCAGGCGGAGAACUCUUUGAUUAUAUCGUCAAACAUGGAAAGCUGAAGGAGCAUGAAGCAAGACGGUUCUUUCAGCAGAUUAUUUCCGGUGUGGACUACUGCCAUCGUCACAUGAUCGUUCACCGUGACCUCAAGCCAGAAAACCUUCUACUUGACCCCAAUCUUCAUGUCAAGAUCGCCGACUUUGGUCUGUCUAACAUGAUGACCGACGGAGAGUUCUUACGGACAAGCUGUGGGUCACCCAACUAUGCCGCACCGGAGGUCAUAUCUGGCAAGCUUUAUGCAGGACCCGAGGUGGAUAUCUGGAGCUGCGGAGUGAUCCUUUACGCCCUCCUGUGCGGCACGCUACCCUUCGAUGAUGAACAUGUUCCCACGCUCUUCAGAAAAAUCAAAGGCGGUCAUUUCACAAUCCCAGACCAUAUAGAGCGUUCCCAGGUCAAGAGUUUGAUUCAGCACAUGUUACAGGUAGACCCACUCAAGAGAGCAACUAUUAAGGAUAUCAGAGAGCACGACUGGUUCAGGAUUGAUAUGCCACAGUACCUCUUUCCUCAGAAUGAUUUUGAUGAUUCUAUCGUAGAUGUGGACGCUGUCAAAGAAGUCUGUGAGAAAUUCAACGUGAGAGAAGGUGAAGUCCAGAACGCAUUAAUGUGCGGUGAUCCUCAUGAUCAGCUGCGGAUUGCUUACUAUCUCAUCAUCGACAACAAGAGGAUCAUGGACGAAGCUUCUAAGACCCAAAUGAAGGAUUUCUACCUUGCCUCAAGCCCGCCACCGAGGGAGUCCUAUCUGGAAGUCCAAGAAGGAGGUUUCCUUCUACCCAAGGCUCACCCUGAGAGAUUAACAACUAUGACAAUGAACACCCUAGAGAACUUCAACAACCAGAGCUCUGAGAGCCAGCGACGAGUGUCGGCGACGCCCGUCAAGAGGUCAAAGUGGCACCUGGGUAUCAGGUCACAGAGCAGGCCACAUGACAUCAUGGGAGAGGUCUUCAGGGCCAUGAAAGCGCUCAAUUUUGAAUGGAAGGUAGUGAAUCCGUUCUACGUGAGGGUCAGACGAACCAACCCGCUGACCGGUGCUCAGAUCAAAUUGGGUCUUCAGCUUUACCAGGUGGACAGUAAGAGUUACCUGCUGGACUUUAAGAGCUUGACCAACCCCAGGGACAGUGGCAUGACCAACUUUGGUUCUGACGAUCGAAUGGAGGUGGAGGAGCCCAUGUCACCGCGAUCACCGACCACGCCGACCUUGCCACAAUCCCCCGGUUCACCCCGCUGCAUGCAGCACUGCACGAUGGAAUUCUUUGAGAUGUGUGCUAGCUUGAUCGCUACCCUUGCACGAUGAGGACGACGAUCCAGAGGCCGAUCCAGAGGGCGAUCAAAAGGCUUCGUACACUGUAGAGCCAGAAGGGAGUUAACCCAUGUUCUAAACAGAGUCAAUGCCUUUCUUGAAAGCAAGUGCGAUAUUCCCUUGUAUCUCUCAAAAGAAAAGCAAUAUCAUAUUAAAUCUAGGGUGCGUUCAAGCGAUUUUUUGACACUUGAAUCACAAACAUGAAUUAAAAAUUAAAAACACUGUUAAAAUACAUGGUUACUGCGGGAGAGUGUCAAAACGAUUUUUGUUCAUGUUGAAUCUCGCUCAUUUCAAGCCCAGCCACUGCUUAGCACACUGCGCAGUUUGACCCAGGAAGUAUAGGGCAACUUCGCCACAUGCUUUCUGAAUUUGUUCACAGUCGACUGUCAGCCAAACCAGAAGCACGCCACGAUAAUGACGUUAUAGAAUCUUGAUUGAAAUCUCGUUGCGUUCAAACAAUUUUUAAUUUUUAGCGAACGUGCAGAAUUACGAUACAAAGGCAUCUUUUUCAGCGUUUCAUGUUUGUGUUUUGAAACGCGUUUAUUUUCACGACCGACGAAAAAUCGCUUGAAAUCGCUUGAACGCAACCGUGUUUUAAACUAAACAUCUUUAAAAACCGUGUUUCUAGGGUGAAAAAGUGUCGCUAGAACGCACCAUAAGUACAUCAACUUGUACCCGUGACAUCCCUUUUUUUCGGUAUUAACUUCAACAUCAAACACAGGGAGGAAAACCUCAUUUCUGUUCUUACUUAAGCAAUUUGCAAGUGCUGCACGCUUACAUCCAUUCUCGCAGCCUACCGUUUUUAAACAAGUUAUCACAAUUUAUGCGUUCACGCACUCCAAACCAUGAUAUUUGUAAAAAGUAUUACACGGUCAUCCAGGUACCUUUGCGCAAUGCAUAAGAUACACUUAUUUUUACGGUUAGCACAAAACCCUUCAUACAAAUAACAGUAGUUGAUAUCUUAAACUUGGAAGAAAUGUCCAGGAUUGUUUUUGGAUUGGCAACAAAGAAUCAUCAACCAAAGAACUGAGGGUAUAACGUGAUAUAAAGGAGGUAAUAUUUGGCCUGCUUUUAAAUCUUAAAGCAGAUUUAUUGUAAUUUCUUCUAGUUAACACUGAAAAUGAGAAAAAUCUAAAACUAUUUCACUUUUACAGUACUCUACAUUUGAUGUCAUAUUAGGAUGUAUUAGGUGUAUGUAAUGGAGGUGGUACAUCAAGGGCUAUUCAGACGAUUCUGAUUGAAAAC